ACAAAAAACCUACCAGAAACGAAUGUAUUUUCACUUUAGCGUAACUUGUACUGUAUCAUCCCUCUCCCCGUCUUCCUCCACCAGUCUACCUCUCAAAACCAAAAAUCUCUUACUCCAUCUUCAAAGAGGGAGCGAGUUGGUAUGGCAACGUGACGUGCUGGUCAACAAGAGGGAGUCCUCCGGUCAACAUCUCUCUCUCUGUUAAUGACAAAGAGGCGGGAUCCAUCACAGGCGCUCAAUCCCUCGUUGCCUGGUUCCCCGUCGCCAUGACACCGAGGCAGGAAAUGACCGCCACUCGGUGUCAGGUGAAGACUGAGGUGCAGGAGUUGAUGAGUGAGCCUGUGACUCUGGAAAUGGUGCCAGUCGGAGGUCGUGUGAAACUGGAAGUUGAAUAUCUUUACAGUGCUGACUCCAAACUAGUUGCUGCCAAGCUGAGCUGCCACGUCAGCAGAGGAACUUUCCCUUACAUCUCUUGGCUCUGGAACAAAUCCAGCCGUCCCUCUGAGACACAUGCAGGCUCCCACACUGACCCCGUCCUGUAUCACGGCGCCCUAGAUGACCGUAGACGAACCCUCUUUCUGACCAAACUUGGCCCAGAGGAGUCUGGGUAUUACCUCUGCAGGGCCAGGGACAGCUACAAUGACUCCGGUGCCUGGGUGGAGAGUGCGGCCGUGCUGGUGGGAGUCACAGAGGUUUUUCUGAACACCAUUGAAGUCGUCACCAUAGUGUUCUGCUGCUUCUUUUUUCUGAUGCUCGCAGUGGGUGCCGGUUGUGUUUACAAGAUGUUUGACCACAAGCACGCUCACUCCCAAGUUGCUACAACAAAUUCUGAUGUGUUUCCUCUGUCGGCACAGACAUCUCACGCAGGACGCAAACAGGACGAUACUUUGUCCAAAAACUGAUUUUUGAUUUUGAGAAUCAGAUCACUGUAUGAAACAGGAGGAACCUCCACCUCUCCUCAUUUCUAUGACCUCUUCAUGAAAAUUGAUCAAAAUCUGCAGCUUCAUUUUUUGUCUUUUCCAGAACUUCAAUGUCGCUUAUAAGAACUGGUGCAGUAUUCAACUAAUACUAAACUAAUAAAAGAAUGAGAGAUUAUAUUCAAAGCAAAAAAUAAAGUAUUCCAAUAUGUAUUUUGUUGCCGAUCUUCUUUUUAAAAAUGAAACCAAUAAAACAUAUUAGUAAAUUGAUUACACCUUCACCUCCCCACAAAUUCUCAAACUUAA